AUGGCAGCGGCUAGUUCGGGCGAAAGCUACUAUUGUCAUGUUUGUGAAACUGAAGUUGUUCCGAAUUUGCAGGAUUAUACAUGUUCAGCCUGUCAUUCUGGUUUCAUUGAGGUGGUUAGCCCAGGGAGUGGUUUGACAUCGGAUCCCACAGAACUAGAAGCAUUUCAGAUUAUACGACAGCUAUGGGGUGGUCCUCUAGCGGAUAACUUUGUACGCUAUCUUACAACGUCAAGAGAGGACGGAAGUUCUACAGAUGAGGAAAUGUUGGAGCGAGAAACUAUAGUUAGGCGACCACGCCGUUCAGCGAGGAAUUCGAAUCAAAGGUCGACGCGUGUACGAGUGUAUACCCGCGACUCUGAUGACCGUCACGUUAUGCCAGCCCGGAUUCAUCUGGAUCCUCCUAUCCGAAUACCAUUCCCUGCCAGCCUUGGAUCAGUGACUGGAGAAAUGCAAAAUUUUGUUUUUAACAGAGCUAUGUUUGAUCAAUUCAUCACUGUAUUAAUGAAUGAAUUGCAAGUUGGCCCACCGCCGGCUACUGAAUCAGCUAUUGCCGAUCUACCGGUGAAUGUAUUAACUGAAGAACAAGCAUUGAAGCUGGGUGUCUGUUCUAUAUGCUUUGAUGAUUUCAAAGAAUCAGAAUCAACAAUCAAACUACCAUGUAGUCAUAUUUAUCAUCAAACAUGUGUUACAACAUGGUUAAAACAACACGGAACUUGUCCAGUUUGUCGAAAAGAUUUAGCUGGACAUGAUACAUCACGUUUUGAAGAUCCACCUCCGAAUGUAAAUGGUUCAAGUUCUUCCAAUUCCUAG